CUUUGACGCACAAACGGACAAACCCAUAUGCUUGGAUUUCCGCUCUUUUUCCCUUCGCCAAUGCAAAAGGAAAUAUGCAGCGAAGCUUCACCAUCCUCUGUACCGGUUUACUGGGGAUAUGCUUGGCUUCGAGCUCAAGUUUCCCAAGUAACAUCAAUAUAGGAGGAUUGUUCCCCACCGAUUCCCACGAAUAUGAGGUGUUUCGGUUCGCGCUGUCGCACCACCAGGACAUCCCCAAACUGGUGCCGCAGGUGGAUAUGGUCAAAAUGGGGAACAGCUUCUCCAUGACAUACGCCUUUUGCUCCCAGUUCUCCAAAGGUGUUUACGCCAUCAUUGGACUGUACGACAGGAAGACAGUCAACAUGCUCAUGUCCUUCUGCGGAGCGCUGCACGUCUGCUUCGUUACGCCGUCCUUUCCCAUCGAGACGGCCAACCAGUUCGUCAUCCAGCUGAGGCCUGAGCUGCAGGACGCUCUGGUGGGAGUCAUCGACCACUAUGGAUGGACCAAAUUUGUCUACAUGUACAGUUCUGACUCAGGCCUGUCAGUGCUGCAGAAAGUUCUGGACACGGCAGCAGAAAGGAACUGGCAAGUAACCUCGGUCAAUGUGGAGACCAUGACGGUGGCCUCCUUCUUGAAAGUGUUCCAGGAUUUGGACAAGAGGAAGGAGGGACAGAUUAUCAUUGAUUGUGAGACUGAGAGGCUCACUGGCAUUCUCAAAAUGAUCGUUGAACAAGGAAAGAAUGCAAAGAGCUACCACUACAUCCUGGCUAACCUGGGUUUCCUGGACAUUGACCUGACCGACCUGAGGAAGGGUGGGGCCAACAUCACCGGCUUUCAACUCGUCAACAACUCCGAGCCGAGCGUGAGCCGCAUCGUCCAGCAGUGGAUGGAGUUUGAUAACAAAGACUCCAAAAUACUCAAGAGUGGACUUAAAUACACGGGCGCUCUCACGUACGACGGGGUGAAAGUCAUGUCCACGGCUUUCCAGAACUUGAGGAAACAGAGGAUAGACAUCUCUCGCCGGGGCAACGCCGGGGAGUGUCUGGCCAACCCGCCGGCCCCGUGGGGACAGGGCAUAGACAUCCAGAGAGCCUUACAGCAGGUCCGUAUUGAGGGAUUGACCGGUCACAUUCAGUUCAAUGAGAAAGGCCGCAGAACCAACUACACCGUCAGUGUCAUGGAACUGGCUCCCUCAGGUCCAAAGAAGGUUGGCUACUGGAACGAGGAGGAGCGGUACGUGACCACGGCCAGCCUCAUGAGGGGCAGCAAUGAAACUUAUGGACUGCUGAACAGGACUUAUAUCGUCACCACUAUACUGGAGUCGCCAUAUGUGAUGCUGAAGAAGAACCACGAGGGGCUAGGAGGGAAUGAUAAGUACGAGGGCUACAUUGUGGAGCUGGCUGCAGAGAUAGCCAAGCACGUGGGCUACCAGUACAAACUGAAAGUUGUCUCUGAUGGCAAGUACGGAGCCAGAGAUGCUGAGACCAAGAUGUGGAAUGGGAUGGUUGGUGAACUGGUGUACGGGAAAGCAGACUUGGCGGUGGCUCCGCUCACCAUUACCCUCGUCCGUGAAGAAGUGAUCGACUUCUCCAAGCCCUUCAUGUCUCUGGGUAUUUCCAUCAUGAUCAAGAAACCCACCAAAUCCAAACCUGGCGUGUUUUCCUUCCUGGACCCGCUGGCUUAUGAGAUCUGGAUGUGCAUUGUGUUUGCCUACAUCGGCGUCAGCGUCGUGCUCUUCCUCGUCAGCCGGUUCAGCCCGUACGAGUGGCACGCGGAUGACUACGAGGAGGGAGGCGAGCCGCAGUCUCCGACGCAAGCGUCCGCCUCCAACGGGGUGCAGGGCCAGACGUCGGCGCAGCAGAACGCCAACCAGCUGAAUCAGGAACAGACCAACGAGUUUGGCAUCUUCAACUCCCUUUGGUUUUCCCUGGGCGCCUUCAUGCAGCAGGGCUGCGAUAUCUCACCACGGUCCCUUUCAGGCCGAAUUGUUGGCGGGGUUUGGUGGUUCUUCACCCUCAUCAUCAUCUCCUCUUAUACGGCCAACUUGGCUGCGUUCCUGACGGUGGAGAGGAUGGUGUCUCCUAUAGAGAGUGCGGAGGAUCUGGCCAAGCAGACGGAGAUUGCCUACGGGACGCUGGAUGCCGGCUCCACCAAGGAGUUCUUCAGGAGGUCGAAGAUCGCUGUGUUUGAGAAGAUGUGGUCCUACAUGAAGUCAGCAGACCCGUCCGUGUUCGUUAAAACCACCGACGAGGGCGUGAUGAGGGUCAGGAAGUCCAAGGGCAAGUACGCGUACCUGCUGGAGUCCACCAUGAACGAGUACAUCGAGCAGCGGAAGCCCUGCGACACUAUGAAGGUGGGGGGGAACUUGGACUCAAAAGGUUAUGGAAUUGCGACACCCAAGGGCUCCCCUCUCAGAAUCCCAGUAAACCUAGCGGUGUUGAAACUCAAUGAGCAAGCCGUCUUAGACAAACUGAAAAACAAAUGGUGGUACGAUAAAGGGGAGUGUGGCAGCAAGGACUCCGCGAGAAAGGACAAGACGAGCGCCCUGAGCCUCAGUAACGUGGCGGGAGUCUUCUACAUCCUGAUCGGAGGCCUGGGCCUGGCCAUGCUGGUGGCGCUGGUGGAGUUCUGCUACAAGUCCCGGACCGAGUCGCGCCGAAUGAAGCAGCAAUCCAUCAACGACGCCAUGCGCUGCUCCACCUUGACCAGGAUGAGCGGCAACGGGAGCGGAGGAGAGAACGGACGGAUCCUCACCCACGACUUCCCUAAGACCGUUCAGACCCUGCCCUGUAUGAGCCACACCGCCAGCAUGGGACUGGGGGCCUCCGGCAUGUGAUCAUCACAUUACUGUGCUGGCGGCGAGGAAUUAGGCAGGGUGGGGCAGAAAAAGGAGUGCAAGACUCUUGCAAACCUUUAAUAAUCACGAGUGUCCAGUUCGAGUCUCCUCAAUCGAUUCUGCUGGCUGUCAAUGCGCCCGAAUUGAAGAAGACUUCCUGCCAAAAUGCA